AUGUUAGAGGCAAGCUUGAAGUACAAAGAUGCCUUUGUCUUGCUAGAUAUGCAAGAUAAGAAAUUUAGUGUUGAAAUGGCCAAAAGUAAUGGUGAUGUGCCAUUAGAAGAGGAUUGGGAAUAUGCGAGUCAUAUGUAUAUGAAGGAGGUGUUUGGAAUUGGUAAAAGGAUUCAACAAUAUUCUGAGAGUAGUGAUUUGAGCAUAAAAUUGAUGGCAAUGAGGAUGAAGGGCAAGUAUGAAAAAUAUUGGGGAAAUCCUAAUGGAAUUAAUAUCUUAUUAUUGAUUGCUGUUGUGCUUGACCCUUGGAGUAAGUUGGAUUUUGUUAAUUACUUCAUUGACUACCUCUUUGAAUCUAGUAUGGCCAAUGAAUUGAAAUCAAAAUUAUUGUCAUCUUUAAAAACACUUUAUGAACAAUAUCAAGGUAUUGAGGAGGGUUCUCAAAGUAGCCAACAAGAAUCUCAACUAGAUGAUGAUGAUGAUGAUCCUCAUGGCAUGAGUUUCUACCUAAGAGCUACAGGAUGUAGAUUUGAUUAUAUAUCAGAACUUGAUAAAUAUUUGAGAGAGGAUCCUGAACCUUAUAUGAAGUCAGUUGAGCUUGAUAUUUUACAUUGGUGGAAAGUCAACUCGACUAGAUUUCCUAUCCUUGCGAACAUGGCUCGAGAGGUGUUAGCCAUUCCUAUCUCUACCGUAGCAUCAGAGUGUGCAUUCAGUACAGGAGGAAGAGUGGUGAACAUGGAGUAUGGUCUUGAUCCUAAUGUAGGAGAAGCGAUAAUGCAAGCAGCUCAAGAAGUAGCAGAAGGAAAACUGAACGAACAUUUUCCACUCGUUGUAUGGCAAACUGGAAGUGGCACACAGAGUAACAUGAAUGCUAACGAGGUUAUUGCAAACCGAGCAGCAGAGAUUCUUGGCCGUAAGCGUGGUGAAAAGUUUGUACACCCAAAUGAUCAUGUCAAUAGAUCACAGUCUUCAAAUGAUACAUUCCCAACUGUAAUGCACAUUGCAGCUGCAAAGGAAAUAAACUCAAGACUAAUCCCCAGCCUGAAAAUCUUGCAUGAUACACUAAACUUAAAGUCAAUUGAAUUCGAAGAUAUUGUGAAGAUAGGACGAACUCAUACUCAAGAUGCAACACCUUUGACUCUUGGGCAAGAAUUUAGUGGGUACACUACACAAGUGAAGUAUGGUAUUGAGCGAGUAAUUGCGACAAUGUCGCGCAUGUAUCAGCUUGCUCAGGGUGGUACAGCUGUAGGGACCGGAUUGAAUACAAAGAAGGGGUUUGAUGCAAAGAUAGCAGCAGCAGUAGCCGAGGAAACAAAUCUGCCUUUUGUUACGGCAGAAAAUAAGUUUGAGGCCUUGGCUGCUCAUGAUGCGUUUGUUGAAACUAGUGGUGCCUUUAACACUGUUGCGGCUUCUUUGAUGAAGAUUGCUAAUAAUAUACAAUAG